AUGCUUUCAACACCUUCUGUUGACACCAGCACACCUGUGACCACUUCUACCCAACACACCUGUGACCACUUCUAUCCAAGUCAGUUCAUCUGCUACAACUCCGGAAGUACCAAUGCCAAUCUGACUCCUAGUGAAGGAAGCACUCCAUUAACAACUAUUCCUGUCAGCACCACACGUGUGACCAGUUCUGAGGGCAGCACCCUUUCAACACCUUCUGUUGACACCAGCACACGGACCACUUCUACCAAGUCAGUUCAUCUCCUACAACUCCUGAAGUACCAGAUGCCAAUCCUCACUCCUAGUGAAGGAAGCACUCCAUUAACACUUAUUCCUGUCAGCACUACUAGUCUGACCAGUUCUGAGGGUAGCACCAUUUCAACACCUUCUGUUGAUAUCAGCACACCUGUGACCACUUCUAUCCAAGUCAGUUCAUCUGCUACAACUCCGGAAGGUACCAGUAUGGCAACCUCGACUCCUAGUGAAGGAAGCACUCCAUUAACAACUAUUCCUGUCAGCACUACACAUCUGACCAGUUCUGAUGGCAGCACACUUUCAACACCUUCAGUUUACACCAGCACAUCUGUGACCACUUCUACCCAAGUCAGUUCAUCUCCUACAACUCCUGAAGUCACCACCAUGCCAAUCUCUACUCCUAGUGACGGAAGCACUCCAUUAACAACUAUUCCUGUCAGCACCUCACGUGUGACCAGUUCUGAGGGCAGCACCCUUUCAACACCUUCUGUUGACACCAGCACACCUGUGACCACUUCUAUCCAAGUCAGUUCAUCUGCUACAACUCCUGAAGGUACCAGUAUUCCAACCUCAAUUCCUAGUGAGGGAAGCACUCCAUUAACAACUAUUCCUGUCACCACCACACGUGUGACCAGUUCUGAGGGCAGCACCCUUUCAACGCUUUCUGUUGACACCAGCACAUCUGUGACCACUUCUACCCCCAUCAGUUCAUCUCUUACAACUCCUGAAGUCACCACUAUGCUAAUCUCUACUCCUAGUGAAGGAAGCACUCCAUUAACCACUAUUCCUGUCAGCACUACACGUGUGACCAGUUCUCAGGGUAGCACCCUUUCAACACCUUCUGUUGAAACCAGCACACCUGUGACCACUUUUAUCCAAGUCAGUUCAUCUCCUACCACUCCUGAAGGUACCAGUAUGCCAAUCUCGACUCCUAGUGAAGGAAGCACUCCAUUAACAACUAUUCCUGUCAGCACCACACGUGUGACCAGUUCUGAGGGCAGCACCCUUUCAACACCUUCUGUUGACACCAGCACACCUGUGACCACUUCUACCCAAGUCAGUUCAUCUCCUACAACUCCUGAAGGUACCAGUAUGCCAAUCUCGACUCCUAGUGAAGGAAGCACUCCAUUAACAACUAUUACUGUCAGCAGCACACAUGUGACCAGUUCUGAGGGUAACACCCUUUCAACACCUUUUGUUGACACCAGCACACCUGUGACCACUUCUACUGAGGCCAUUUCAUCUUCUGCAACUCUUGACAGUACCACCAUGUCUGUGUCUAUACCCACGGAAAUCAGCACCCUUGGGACCACUAUUCUUAUCAGCUCCACCCCUGUAACGAGGUUUCCUGAGAGUAGCACCCCUUCCAUAUCAUCUGUUGACACCAGCAUGUCCGUGACCACUGCCUCUGAAGGAAGUUCAUCUCCUACAACUCUUGAAGGCACCACCAUGCCUGUGUCAACUACGAGUGAAAGAAGCACUUUACUGACAACUCUCCUCAGCCCUAUAUCUGUGACGAGUCCUUCUGAGGCCAGCACACUUUCAAAACCUCCUGGUGAUACCAGCACACCUUUGCUCACCUCUACCAAAGCCAGUUCAUCCUCCAUACCUGCCAAAGGCACUACCAUACAUAUUUCAACUACCAGUGAAAGAAGCACUCCAUUAACAACUCCUCGUGUUAGCACCACACCUCCAACUAGCUUUACUGAGGCCAGCACACCUUCAACACCUCCUCUUGACACAAGCACAACUUUUACGCCUUCUACUGAAGCUGCCUCAACUCCCACCAUUCCUGUAGCCACCACCAGAUCUGUAUCAAUGACCACAGAAGGAAGCACACCUGGGACAACCAUUUUUAUUCCCACCACUUCUGUCACCAGUUCUACCUCUGAUGUCAUUCCUGCAACAACUGGUGCUGUAUCUACCCCUGUGAUAACUUCCACAGAAUUAAACACACCAUCAACCUCUACUAGUAGUACCACCACAUCUUUUUCAACUACUAAGGAAUUUACAACAACUGCAAUGACUACUGCAGCCCCUCUCACAUAUGUGACCAUGUCUACUGCCCCCAGCACAACCAGCAGAGGCUCCACUACUUCUGCAUCAACACUUUCUGCAGCCAGUACACCUCACACCUCUGCUUCUGUCACCACCCAUCCUGUGACCCCUUCAUCAGAAUCCAGCAGGCCGUCAACAAUCACUUCUCACACCAUCCCACCUAUAUUUCCUCCUGCUCACUCCAGUACACCUCCAACAACCUCUGCCUCCUCCACGGCUGUGAUCCCUGAGACUGUCACUACCAUGACCACUGGGCCAAAACCCAGCACAAGGACCGCUUCCUCCCCCACGGUGACCACCACCACUGUCCCCACGACUACUUCUACAAUUAAGAGCACCCCCACCUCAACUACUGUGCCAAGAACCACAACAUGUGUUGGAGAUCAAUGCUCUCGCUGCAAGAAUGGAGGCUUCUGGGAUGGGCUCAAGUGUCAGUGUCUCACCCCCUAUUAUGGGGAGAGCUGUGAGGAGGUGGUCAACAGCAUUGACAUAGCACCACCGGAGACUGUCUCUGCCCAAAUGGAACUGACUGUGACAGUGACCAGUGUGAAGUUCACCGAUGAGCUAAAAAACCACUCUUCCCAGGAAUUCCAGGAGUUCAAUAAGACAUUCACAGAACAGAUGAACAUUGUGUAUUCCGGGAUCCCUGAGUAUGUUGGGGUGAACAUCACAAACCUACGUCUUGGCAGUGUGGUGGUGGAGCAUGACGUCCUCCUAAGAACCAAGUACACACCAGAAUACAAGACAGCUUUGGACAAUGCCACCGAGGUAGUGAAACAAAAAAUCACAAAAGUGACCACAGAGCAAAUAAUGACCAAUGAUAAUUGCUCAGCCUUGAUGUGUUUCAACACCACUGGCACCCAAGUGCAAAACAUUACAGUGACCCAGUACGACCCUGUAGAGGAAUGCCAGCAGAAGGCCAAGAAAUUUGGAGACUACUUCCUAGUGGAGUACCGGGACCAGAAACCAUACUGCAUCAGCCCCUGUGAGUCUGGCUUCAAUGCCUCCAAGAACUGUAACCAUGGCAAGUGCCAGAUGUCUCAAAAUGGAGCCCGGUGCCUCUGCGUGACCACGGAAACUCACUGGUACAGUGGGGAGGACUGUAACCAGGGCACCCAGAAGAGUCUAGUGUACGGCCUCGUGGGGGCAGGGGUCGUGCUGGUGCUAAUCAUCCUGGUAGCUCUCCUGAUGCUCAUUUUCCACUCCAAGAGAGAGGUGAAACGGCAAAAGUACAGAUUGUCUCAGUGGUACAAGUGGCAAGAAGAGAACGGUGGACCAACUCCUGGGACCUUCCAAAACAUUGGCUUUGACAUCUGCCAAGAUGAUGACUCCAUCCACCUGGAAUCCAUCUAUAGUAAUUUCCAGCCCUCCUUGAGACACAUAGACCCUGAAACAAAGAUCCAAAUUCAGAGGCCUCAGGUAAAGACAUCAUUUUAAGGUAUGGAGUUGAGAAGUCUGGGAGUGAGGAGAUUCCAGUCCGGCUAAGCUUGGUGGAGCAUUUCCCCAUUGAGAGCCUUCCAUGGGAACUCAAUGUUCCCAUUGUAAGUACAGGAAACAAGCACUGUACUUACCAAGGAGAAAGAGGAGAGAGAUGGCAGUGCUGGGAGAGUCUCAAAUAGAAACCCGUGGAAGCUCCAAUGGGCUUGCCUUGAUAUCAGGCUAGGCUUUCCUGCUCAGUUUUCAAAGAGGUUCCAGAUUUGAGGGGUGCUCUGACUGCAACAUCUGUCACCCCAUUGAUCGCCAGGAUUGAUUUGACUGAUCUGGCUGGGUAGGCGGGUGUCCCCGUCCUCCCUCGCUGCCCCAUGUAUGUCCCUCCUAAAGCUGCAUGCUCAGUUGAAGAGGAUGAGAGGACGACCCUCUCUGAUAGAGGAGGAUCACGCUUCAGUCAAAGGCAUACAAGUAUCUGGACUUCCCUGCUAGAACUUCCAAACAAGGUCAAAGAGGUUCCUCCUCUCGCCUGCCCGGAUUCAGUACCAUGGACAGCGCCCUCAACGAGCUGUUUACUACCAUGACCCCUUGGACACGGGACUGCUGCAUGCACUUUACAUUUCACAAAAUGCUCUCCUAAGAAUUAUUGAAUGCCAUCUUCAUGAAAAACACUUGUGUUUAAAUAUAGAGCAUUUACCUUUGGUA